CGCGCCGACGUCUGGCUGCCACGACUUGCCGUCUGCGGCGGCGGCGGCGGCGAGCGGAUCCCGCAGGGGAAGGAGGAGGAGGAGGGAGAGCAAAGGGGGCUGUGAGUGAGCGGGAGAAGCGGGGUGUGAGCAGGGCUUGCCCGCGGGAGGGAGAACGAGCGCGAGCCGAGCCAGCCAUCCGAGCCGCCUCCUCCUCCUCCCCUCGGCGUCCCGCCCCCGCCUGCCGGCCCGCCCUCCUCCCUUCUCAGCUAGCAGAGCUCGAGUGAGGCGCAGCACGGCUCGCGCCGCUGUCCAGGACAGGUGUGUGCGCGCGCGCGCGCGCGCCCUCCUCCUCCUCUCCCCCCCCUUCCUCGCGCCUGCCUAGCGCGCGCCCUCCCUCACCUGCGGCAGGACAGCGCCCGCCCGCCCGGAUCUCGCGAGAGUGGCUGACUGGCUGUGGGGGUUGCGGCGGCAGCAGGCGGAGCCGGGGAGGGAAAGCAGCGGCGGCUGAGGCGACUGAGGCGGCGGCGGGCGGAGCGGCAGGCGGCGGCGAGGCGGCGAGGCGGCGGAGCGCAGCAUCAUGGCGGACCGAGACAGCGGCAGCGAGCAGGGUGGUGCGGCGCUGGGCUCGGGCGGCUCCCUGGGGCACCCGGGCUCAGGCUCGGGCUCCGGCGGGGGCGGUGGUGGCGGCGGGGGCGGCGGCGGCAGUGGCGGCGGCGGCGGCGGGGCCCCGGGGGGGCUGCAGCAUGAGACGCAGGAGCUGGCCUCCAAGCGGGUGGACAUCCAGAACAAGCGCUUCUACCUGGACGUAAAGCAGAACGCCAAGGGCCGCUUCCUGAAGAUCGCUGAGGUGGGCGCGGGCGGCAACAAGAGCCGCCUCACUCUCUCCAUGUCAGUGGCCGUGGAGUUCCGCGACUACCUGGGCGACUUCAUCGAGCACUACGCACAGCUGGGCCCCAGCCAGCCACCCGACCUGGCCCAGGCGCAGGACGAGCCGCGCCGGGCGCUCAAGAGUGAGUUCCUGGUGCGCGAGAACCGCAAGUACUACAUGGAUCUCAAGGAGAACCAGCGCGGCCGCUUCCUGCGCAUCCGCCAGACGGUCAAUCGGGGGCCCGGCCUGGGCUCCACGCAGGGCCAGACCAUUGCGCUGCCCGCACAGGGGCUCAUCGAGUUCCGUGACGCUCUGGCCAAGCUCAUCGACGACUACGGAGUGGAGGAGGAGCCGGCUGAGCUGCCCGAGGGCACCUCCUUGACUGUGGACAACAAGCGCUUCUUCUUCGAUGUGGGCUCCAACAAGUACGGUGUGUUUAUGCGAGUGAGCGAGGUGAAGCCCACCUACCGCAACUCCAUCACCGUGCCCUACAAGGUGUGGGCCAAGUUCGGACACACCUUUUGCAAAUACUCGGAGGAGAUGAAGAAGAUUCAAGAGAAGCAGAGGGAGAAGCGAGCUGCUUGUGAGCAACUCCACCAACAGCAGCAGCAGCAGCAGGAGGAGACCGCCGCUGCCACCCUGCUACUGCAGGGUGAGGAAGAAGGGGAAGAAGAUUGAUCAGACUUAAUGGAAAAAGAACCCACACACAUGCAUACACACACACACACACACACAGCCACACACACAGAAAAUAUACUGUAAAGAGAAAAUAAAAAGUAAAAAAGUAAAAAAAAAAACAAACUUAACUCCAAGGGAGCACCACCCACAGAACCUCCACCAACUGACAGUUUCUCUUCUUGACUUGCCACCCAUCGCUGGAUGUUGUCCACUUUAUCCACCAUAUAAAACAGUAAGCAGCUGCUAAAACAAAAAACAAAAAAUAGAAAAAGUAAUAACAUUAUAUGAACUGUGUUUCCUACUUGAUUAAAAAAUAUAAAGAACUGAGUGUUUAUUUCCCUAAUUAACCAAGAACUUUUGUACACGUUUAAGCUAUUAUUAUUAAAAGUGUUUGCAAAAUGGUCAAGAUUAUAAUAUUGCUGAAUUAUAUAAAAGUCCUUUUCAUGUUGAGCUAACAUUUGACUUUAGCACAAAAAAGAGAUAUUUUAGAACACGUAAAAUAAUAUUUUUAGUUUUUCUCAUUUUGUUACCAAAUUUCAAACCUUACAUGGAGGUUAUUAUAGUAUAUUUGACACCCUAUAUACCUGUGAUUAGAGAUGUGUAUAUAUAUGAGGGCUAGGCAUGCUGUGUGUCUGAGCUUUGUCUAAAUGUUAUGCAGAAGUUUGUAGAGUUAAAGGUACGUAGGUUUAAUUCAUGCAAGGUAAACAAUAAGUGCUCUCUUUUAUACAAUAUGCAUUGCAUCUGGACCUUAAACAUAUAAAAAUGGUCAGUGAAACUUCUGUGAACAUGAAGAAAUUAUUAAAAAAGGCAUUUAAAUGAAAUUUGCUAAGUUGUGAUUUUUACGGUUGGAACCAAAGUUAUUCAAAUAGCAAAAGGAAAAAGAAAAAGAGAGAAAAAGGAAAUCUCCCAUAAUAUUUUUCUGCAUCUGUUUGCUUUGACUGAGUAGGCGUUUUGUCAUUAUUGUGUAUAUGAGAUGUACUUGUAUCGUUCAUAAUAUAUUUUUUUUAUUAUGUGUAGAAAGAUUUUAAAAACUUAACUAACGUGCAGCAAUUUCCAGUGAACCUGUACUUGGACAUCAGGUAGUGAGUCUAUUUGUGGUCACUAGCACUGUCUCCUAAACUUGUAAGAGGUCCGAAGCUAUCCUUUGGUUUUUGCCAGUGCUAUUAACUUAUGUAGACCUGUUAAAAAGCAGAGCAACACAAUUACAGUUAUCCUACUGAGCCAUGGAUUCUGAGUUUCAUUUAAAAAGAGAAAGUCAAGUUAAGUUGGUGUAUGUAAAGGAUUUCCAUGUAGCUGUGGUGCUAGUUAUUACUGGCUACAUUAUAUGCUAAGUGUAUUUGUGUUCCCCAAGUGUACAAGCCUUCUAUCAAAAGUAUGUUCUAUAAUUCAUAUAUUCAAGGUGUAGGGUAUGAAAAUGGAAAGCUUAGGAGAGCACUUUACCAAGCUGGUGUCCUCCAAACUGAAAUUGUUUGUAACGAUAGUCUUUUACAGGUUUUCAUUUAAAGAUGUUUGUGUGCUUUUAAUUGACAACUAACUUCUUGCUGCUGUAUAGUAAAAUAUUAAUAUAUUUUUAUCAUUAAACUGCUGCAUGACUAUCAUCUUUUGAGUGAAGAGAAAAUGUUAUAAAAAAGAUGCCUUAAACAGUACAUUUUGGUUUGGAAUUCUGUAGAAAGUAUUUUGGUUAAAAAAAAAAAGAUUUUGUCUGACAGUGAGAGUUCUGGGGAUGGAAUUGUUUCUUGGCAAAUCCAGACAUAUAGAUCUAACUGCUGUAUGUAGGAGACAUCACCUGUAGGAGCUGGAAGGUGUCAGUGCUUCUCAUAUUGUAAAGCAUUGGCCUAGGAAGGUGAAACAGUUGUCUUUUUGAAGGAUUUUUUUUCUGCUGGUUCUUUGGGUUUGAUUUGAUAUUUUUAAGCUCCCUGGUUGAGUGUGUUGUCUUUGUUUUUUAGAUCUACUGUAUGUGUUGAAUAACAAGCUAUUUCCAUUGUACUGUGCAUUUUCCCAUUAAAUUGUUUGCUUUUAAUAUUCAUACAAUGUUAAAUAUGAGGUGACCGUACAAUAGUUAGGAGUUUCUUUACUUACAAAAUCACUGGAAAUGAUUAAAUUGCUUUCCCCCUUUCCCAAAGGUGCAUUUUUCUUAUUUCCAUAUAGUAAAGUUGAGCUUUUACAGUGCAUAAUGUGACAUUUGGAAUGCUUAUCAACUGCAUGUAAACAUUAAUAACCUGCACUUUUUUUGUCUUAAAAUUUGUUGAGCUGUUUUGUUCACUGUACUUUAACUGUGAUAUGGAAAAGACUGCAUUCUCUGUGCUGUUACUAGUUAGGAAAGAGAAUUGCUUUGAUUUUGUCUCUUGUUUACUAUAGCUUCUUAAAGUUAAGCCUUGUACUACAGGUUGUUGGAGUACUCCUAGAUCAGUGUUUCAUAGUAGCCAGCAAUAAGUAGUGCAGGUCAACAAAAACACAGCAAACUUAGGCAAAGUGUCCUUCCUUUGAGAUGCGAGUUCUUUCAUGAGGUUUUCUUUAGGGUCAGAGUUACCUAAAGUGAAACCUUUCUUACCUAUAGACUUCAGAUUCUGCUUGGAAUCCUACCGGAUCAAGAAGCACACGUAUUGUGCAAUUGUCUUUACACUAUAACAGUUAAACACAAUCUUACUAAGGUUUUGAAACCAUUGUCUGAUUUAUGGUCAGUGGGUUUAAAAACAAAUCCACAUGCAGAUCAUUUAAGACUUAAGAGAUGAUCAUAGAAAAGACUAAGUGACUGUAAAGAUGCUUUUUUUUGCAUCUCACUUUACCUCCCCAAGCACCCUCCCAAACCUUCUCUUCUGCCCUCUCCUAUUUCAUCUUUUCCCCACCCUUCCCCCAGGUGCUCGGUACUUUACCAAGGUCUAUAUUUCAGUGUUUUAUGUUGGAGUUUUUCCUUGUUUUUAUUUUACUAGUUGGUAAACUCUGUGCUGAAACAAAAAAGGAAAUGGUUGGUAUAUUUGACCAUAUGUGUUAUUCAUAGAAGACAGUAUGAUCAAAUGUGCCAAAAACAAGCAAACAAAACUUAAUUCCUGACAAGUAUGCCUUAUUUUUAAUGAUCUGCUUUGUCUUACAAUUAAGGUCCAAGAGCUUGGUUAAACUAUUAUUUGCCUAAGUAUAAAAGAAAACUUGAAAUGCAUUGCAAUAUUGAAGUUCUUUAAAAUGAGAGACACUGUCAAGUAAUUUAAUCUAGAGAUCAGCCACCAGAUUUGAAAUGCCCAUAUAUAUGUGUGUGUGUUUGGUGUUGUUUGUUUUUUUCUUUUAAGUCACCAAAUCUUUUUUUAAGCUACUUUUUAUUUGUGCCUCCUAUUUAUCAUGCUGAUGUUAGAAGCAGCAGUCAUCCAGCCACAGAGGGAGCUAAAGUUAACUAACCAGAACUGUAGAAAUCAUUAUACAUGCCUUUGACAACAAAGGAAGUUUAUAAGAAAAGCCAUGUCGGCUUUUCCUCCACUAGAUAAAGAUUGGAGGUAGAUGAAUAUUUGCCAAAUGGAAAAAACAAUAAUGCAAGUCAGGAAAGACAGACUUUUCCAGCUUCUCAAAAGCCAUGGAGAGUAGAAACCAAAACCAACAGGGAAAAUAAAAAACCUUGAAAGUCUCACUUUCUAGCUGUCCCAUGCAGGGGUUGAAAUUUGACUCAAAGUGGAAAAUAUAUCAAUGUGUUUUUUAGGUCUUCAUAUCUAGAGAUGGAUAACUAUUCCAAUUUGAUUUUUCAGGUAAUGGAGAAAGCUGCUAGUAAUUUUAACCCCUGCCUAAACAAGACAGAUAAUUUCAUUUGGGAGCAAAUACUUAAUGCCUUGAAAAAUAGCACUGUAAUAGCCUAUGAAAAUUAGUUGUAGAAUAACUUUUAUCCCUUUUAAACUAUGCAAAUUAUUAAACAAGUGUAAAUUAGGACUCAAAGAUAGUUGAUUAUAUUGCAAUCAGAUGGCAUUCACAAACUUAACUGGAGCAUAUACAAAUAAAAUCUAUUAGUCUAAGAGUUUUGUAUGCUAACAGAAAAAUAUAAUUUAGCUACCUAUUCUAAAAAUGGUGAAUAUUAUUAAUAUUGUAUAAUAGGACUGGGAAGACUGCCUCCUUUUUUGAAGAGAGAUUAAGGAUUUUUAUAAUUGUUUUUCAUCAAAUUUUAAUAUUUUUGUCAAAUUUUUAGGUAUUUAAUUUGUAAAACAGUUUGCUUUGUACUGGCAUACAGAAAAUAGGGUAUUGAUUUUAAACUUUUUGAAGCCAAGUGAUCAAGUACAUUUGUAAUAAAAGUCAAUGGAUCUAUAUCAGUUGUACUCACUGUUUUCAUUUCUUAUUACUAUAGGAAUGCUGUACUUUUCUGCAGGAAACUAAAUUUGGGUGGAAGGGAGGGGAAAAGAUAAGUCUGUUGAUAAUGAGAAUCUGGGUGGGUACUAUGGCCCAAGCACUUCACAUAAUUUUUAAGUCAGUUAAGAUUUGGUAUAUUAAAACGAUGCUUACUUCGAUUUUUUGUUCCUGUUUUUUUAUGGAAAUUGAUGUUUGUGGGGGUUAUCUCAUUCACUGUUUCUGUGCUUUAACAUUUUCAUUUGGCACUGUAGAAACUUUCUAAACACACUUUUCUUUUGUGACAUUUUGGGUUAUUUGCCAACUGUGGUGACCCUACCAUGGACAUGAUUAUUUUUAUCUCCCUCAAAUGGUUCACCUCCUCUUCUUCAUAUUCCCACUUAUUUUUAAAGUAUUACACACACAUUCCAGAUGAUCUUAGAAUGGCGAUUUCUGAAAUUGUUGCUUUGGUGGCUUUUACAGCUCCACAGUUCAUUUUACUAUACAUAUGAACAUAUUUUUAAGAUUUUUCCCCCCCCAAAACAUGAGAUACCAAAUCUAAUGACUUCUUUUCCCUUUUCAGAGUCUUUCCAAUAUCAGGAUGAGAUCCUGAUUUCUCAGUAAAAGCAUGCUAAAACAAGGGAAUCUUUAGCUAAAAAACUUAGGUUUGGAACAAUUGGUGAUAACUCUGAGUAUAACAUUUAUUGUUGAUUAUCCCUAAAUUUGAAUAUCUUAAUAAUUUGGAGAUAUAUAUACUUCCACAUGAGGAUUGAAUUGAGAAAAGAAUUUAUUGGCAUUGCUUAAGUAAAUAAAUACACAAAUUAUUUGUGCAAAGUUGUUAAAGUUUAUUUUUACAUCAGACAUUGUAAUAUUUCUGUUUCUUCAUUGCAAGUUAACGGAUUAUAGGCCAUUCACAAUGAAGUACCCUAUAAAACUAAAGUGACCACUGUUAUUAAAAUUACUGUUUCACCUGGCAGAAUUAAUUACUAUAGAAAAUUUACAAUAUAUUUUUAAGAACAGUUGACUUUAAUAUUUGAAAAGUUAUUGAUCCUAAAACGAAACCUAAAUUGAAGGCCUAAGACAUUUAACAAGCUCUUUUUGAACUUAAACUGUUAUGGGCUAAGUGAAGAUCAUCUAAACUAGCAUUAAUUAGCAUGAGUCAAGUAGAAUUUCUUGAUAAAAGAACAACCAGAUGAAAAGUGAAAGAUGAUUGGUUUCAAGCCAACAGUUUGUCAUCUUUCAGCUGCUAAACUUGACUACCAAGUUUUGAUGUUGAAUAGUCUAGGCAACUUACAUCUUUAGGAAAGUUUGUGGCAAAAGUCACGUGUUAAAAACAUUUUUCUUAAGAAUUUCAUGGCUACUCAUUUAUUUUCAUUUUGUCCCCAUAUUAUGUUUGGUAUUUAUUUUUUUUCUUUUUACUGAUGUGCUUUGCUUUUGUGGAAAAUUGUCUUGUUUGACAGGUAGAAACGUGGUGGUGAUACUCUAUGUAAAAUAAAAUUACUUCUUAUCAGAAAUAUUCAUUUUAGAAUUGCAAUAUUUUUGCAUUUUCAUGCAUACAUACUUUAAAUGAUUAUUUGCUUAUUAAAUUUUUGUAGCAUUUCAUGGGAAUAUUUUAAACUAAAAGAGUUUAAUUUUCUUGAUUUAGGAUGCACUUUAAUAAUUUAAGAGGCCUCCAAGUUCAAGGACCAAACUUCUAUGCUUUAGGAUCUUGAGAAACAUGGAAAUACUCUUGUUAGCAUGAGUUUUGGUCUAAACUGGAUUAAUGCAGAAGGAUCCUAAGAGGACUUAAGAAAAGAUGUCCUUAUUGUAAACUGGCAGUCAAACUAAUGAGACAGGUAACUUAUGUAUUCAUUUUGACUUAGUCCAACAGUAAUGGCCAUCAGCUAAUGAAUUAUUAGACAUAUGUUGGGAUUGGAUCAAACUCCCAUUCACCUGGAGUGGGUUGACAGUUUCCUGUGCAGGUAGUUGUUGGUGGCAUUUGACCUACCUCCCUACCAAAUACAUCUGGCAUUUUCUUUCACCCGUCUUCCUUUUUUCUUGUUUAUCUCUUCAUUCUUCUUGCCAUAGGACUGCCAGUGGCACUAAAACUUACCCCCUUGAGAAGGAAGUAAAGAAAUUGCUGACUCCUACCUUAGAACAGCGCUAACUGACCCCAGAAACAUUUCUGUAUUGUGAGGAAAUCAGGCAGUUUUUAUGACUGCUGUUUGCCCCAUAAUCUAAAGUUGGUAGUUUGAAAGAUAGCAAUAUUGUUAAGAAAUUUGUAAAUUAAAGAGAGUUAGAAGUAUGUGUAUUUUAGGUAAGUUACUGGGGGCUGAGACUGACUGGUUUGGAAAUCUGAGAG